AUGCCCUGCAAGGACUCGGCUCAUUCCGAAAUUCUCCGUGCUCGUAACGAGUGCUGGCCUCCUGGUGCGCGCGGGUACGACACACUGGCGGCCUUCCAGGAGUGGGUGUCGGGGUUGAAAAGCGCACGAGUUCGGUUCAUCCGUGAGCAGCCGCUUCGAGCCGGGGAGCACUUCGCCCUCAAGGUCGUCAGGCUUGUAGUCCCGUCGAACCCUCAGCACAGACGGCCGAUUCCGGCAUGUGCCCAAGUUGCUGCCGCUACGAUCACGAUCACCCUCCUAGAGCCAUUGGCGGGAACUUCCGUCUCAGGAGACUCGCCGGUCAGUCGCGUGUGGCUAGCCAGUACUGCUACUGGCGACCGGGUAGUGGCAAAGUUCUACUUCCCCUCCUUGUUUAUACCGGAGGAGCAGUAUAACCGUCAAGACAACGACUUCAUUCUCCCACGCCAGUGUGCACUCACGGAGGAAGUGGCGUACAAUAUUCUCCAGUCGGCACAGGGUGCAUGGUUGCCGUAUUACCUCGGGCGGAAUGAGGUGAACUUAUCUCACGGCGAGAUGGCAGACGUUGCUCUUUUCGAAUAUAUCAACGGCCGUUCUCUACUCGAUCAUAAGCAUGCUCAACCUGGCGGCAUCACGCACAAGAAGAGUGACGAUCCAGAAUCGCAUUUUCAAGUGGUGCAUCGGCAGCACCAGAAGUGGUUCAAGCGCUUGAGGGAAAUCACACAUGAGAUGCACGACGCGGGCGUGACACACUGCGAUCUAUACGGGCGUAACAUUCUAGUGCCUGAGAGCAACCUGAAUGAUCUCGUCUUUGUUGACUUUGAGACGGCGCGAGACGAUAUGGAAGGCGGCGGUAACGACCUGCGCAACGCUGUGUUAGGGUUUACCUGCUGCGAUGACCACGUGGAUGAGUUGUACUCGUGGUGCGGGAAGAACAAGUUGGAUGUACUGGAAUGGUACCUCAACUUUCCUACGAUCACUAGUGAUCUGUAUUGGUUCGCCGGCUCGGCGAGGAAUCGAUGA